AUGCCUAGCACCCAUCUUUUAGAUGUCCCUGGGGAGAUUUUGGUGGCUAUCCUUUCAAGGUGCAUUUUAGCCUUGUGCGGUGAUAGGCGUGAUGGCCUCUUCUUUCAACUGCCUAAUUAUGGAGAAAUGUUCAGGUUGAGGUUGGUUUGCAGAACUUUUAACCAUGUCUUUCGGGAUGCGUUAAUUCAGACCCAAGUGCUUAAUCACUUAGCUCCUCUGCCAGAGGAUCCCCCCUACAAUAAAAUACAACCUUUAGCGUACUGGCAGACGAGAACAGACGAUGGUGUCCAAAAACUUUGGCAUUCAUACAUUGCGCACAUGGUGCAGAAAGGGGUCAACCCUAGCGUCAGUUAUUUGCCGAACGCCCCAGAGAUCUCGUGGUGCGCCGAGAUCCGUGAAAUAUCACAGUUGGUAUGCGACAGAGUGCCGCACUCCGACUUGCCCAAUACCAUCGAGGCCCUCUGCUGGCUUGGUUUCGGAGGUGAGUUGGGCGGGCUGGGUCAUCUCUGGUAUAUCAACUCCCGUGCAGCCCAGCUGCCAGUGGAACUCCAAGGAGAAUUUAGGCGGAAUGGCAAUCUCCUCAGCGCCGCAGCCUAUUUGAACCAUCUGCCUUUAGCUAGAGAGCUUUUAGCAGAACAUGUCGAUCCGACACUUAACGACUUUCUUUUCCCUGCUCCGAUAGAGGCAGCUGCAAGGGGAGGAAAUGUCGAAAUGCUCCAGCUAUUCCAGGAAACUCUAUCAGAGCCAGAUCCAGAGCCAGAGCCAGAGCCAGAGCAAGAAAAUCCACUGGAGCAAGAGGAUGUUAACGAACAGUCUCUGAUGGAGAUUGAGAUUUUGAAUCCAAUGCGGCAAGGGGAUAUUAACGAAGAGACUCUGCUGGAGAUGUUGAACCCGCAGGCUCUACCAAAUUUCUUGGAAGUGGAAGCGGUUCCGGAACCAACUUUACACAGCACGAUGGGAAAUGUUCCCCUCACAGGGAAGGCUGAUCCUCGAGCAGUUGUUGGAGCGGCAGCAGCGGGCGACUUACAGGUCCUUGAGGUGGCAUUAUACCCUCCAUCGCGAAGUGACACUAACAGCUCCGACUAUUUUGGUCAGCCGUAUGGAAGAGUCGAUCCAUACUCCCCUCCAGGCCACGCGCUCAAAUCCAUAAUGGUGCACUCAAAAACGUGGGAAGUAUACUUCAGGCUGGCAUCUUUCUUCCACGACUUUUACGUCUCCCAACCGGCAGAGGCUGCCUUUCAUCUGCAGAUGUUUGUUGAAUUUGGCAACUACGAAAUAGUGAAGAACUUACUCGAAAGAGGCGUUUCUUGCCGGGGAGGCCACAGGAGAUACGCUUCUUCUAUACAUGCAGCUGCGCGCCAAGGUCGAGAAGAUAUGGUAGAUCUACUGAUAAAGCAUGGUGCUGAUGUCAAUCAAUCAGGUCUUGCUCUGUUCGGGUCGCCUCUUCAUCAGGCAGUGGAGAGCCGAAGUAUCAAGAUGGUCAAGAAAUUUCUAGACAUGGGGGCCGUUUGUGAGUUCAAUACUUUGCAGGAGGCGCUCUUCUGUGGAGGCCCUAAGAUGGGUGAAUUGGUUCUGGCUCAUUGCCCUCUCAAAAAUCUGCUUUACGAACAUAUUUGGAAGCUUCUAGUUCAAGCUAAGGAAGGAAACUAUGCCUUCGUGAUCAGUUUAUUGACUGAGAAGUUCCCCGGCCUUAAGGAUUUAGAUUACCCCACCGAUUUGACAAGCAAGAAAUGGUCGGAUAUAGUUAAAUCAGCCUCGGGCGGCUUGCCAAAGACUCGCAAAUGGUGGUUUUUUUAG